GUGUUUGCGCCCUGGACAUUCUGGCUGUCCGGCCUGCUGUGCUUCACGCUCUGGCAAAGCUUUUUGCCCGUGAAGCCCUCCACCGUGCCAUUGGACGUGCCGCGGUAUUGGAGACAUCAGGAGUUGCACUCCGAUACCGAAUCGCUAUUGCCCCCGUGA